CAUCACACACAGAUGUGCACACAUAAGAACACAAGCAAUUUUCAAAAGAUUUUGCUGGCCAAAAAAUAAAGGAAGCAGAAACGUGCCGCGCAUUCGGAGGAGAAAAAGUAUAAAAAUACAUACAGCUGCGAAAUAAAUAGCUACCAAAUAGUUAAGGGAGGAAAAAGGACAAGAGAGAGAGAGUGACGGAGAGAUAGAACGAAACGUGGGCGCAGUUUUUGAGAGUUGAGGGGCAACCAUCGGUGAUGUGGGACACAUCCCGCCACGGGCAAUGCAACAACCCCAACGUUAUAUACCGUCUGUAUCUGAUCUAUAUGGCACGGACGAGAUAGAACUGCUGCUGGACGAGAUUCGGGAGCUGGAGCUGGAGCCGGUCUGCUGUCAGCUGGACGAUGAGCAGGACUUUGAAAUAGCUGGCAGCAGGGCCGGCGAGCUCUCCCACUCGCACUCGCACUCGCUGUCCUUGGAAUCCCCACUCGGAACCUGCACCUCCUGGGACUCCCAUGCCAACUACAAGCAGAGGGGCGGCCACACCCCCCUGCCCUGGGGCGUCGCCCUCCACUGUGAUCCGCAACACUUGAAAUCGCCUACAGGGAUUGUGCGCAUACUACUGGUGUUAUCCUCGGCCGCCUGUCUGGCCUGCGAAUGCUCCGCGGGCACCGUGCAGGUGGGCCUCUUUCUACUGCCACUCAUCGGGCGCCUGAGGCUGAUGGUCUUCUGCGCGCUCUUUUCGCUACUCAUCACGUGUCUCAUGCUCUUUCUGGAUAUAUCGCAUAUAGCGCUGAUGUUCCCAUUCAACUGGACUAAAGUGAAUACGUGGAUGUACCUGAGUGUUGGUUUGAUAUUUAUUUUGAGCUCCACGCUGCUUGUCCACAUGGUGCUCUAUGCCACUGAAUACACAUGGGUAUCGAAGCACUCCAAGGACACGCUUCUGGCCACUGGGAUAAUUGGCUAUCUGUGCGCCCUGGAGGCAUUUCUUCUGUCGGGCAUCGCAUCCUGGCCGUGGACUCAGUACCGUCAGGUGCCCGACGAUGCCAGCGAAUUGUUUAUCGAGGACCGCGAGAUGACGCCGAUGAGUCCCAUUAAUUGUAGCACCGAUCUGCAGGCGACGCCAUAUCAUCACAAUGGCAAUGCGACCACGUCGGAUCUGUAUAACCAACAACAACAAUCGUCCUAUAAUCAAAAGCCUUAUAUACCUGCCAAACGACCCAAUGAGCUCAACAAUCAGCGUCCAGCAUUGGGUCACACACAAACCGCACGGUCGAAACCCAAUCAGCGCUAUAGAGAGGGCUACCACUAUCACACAUCCCGCCAGAGUCCCACUUUCGUGCUGGGCGAUGAUCAGGGUGCCGGUCCAUCCACGUCCCGUUCCAAUGAUAACUCCAGUGCGUGAUAGUUCAUGAUGCCUCAGCCAGACGAAGGACAGGCGACCGGGGAAGGGGAAUAGUUACAGAGAUCUCUCAGCCAUUAAAUUCGGGAAAAUCAAUUGGAAGCAUGUUGAAGCACUUUGGUCGCUGAAGGAGGUGAACAAACACAGCGGAAGCCACACAAAAGCAAAAGAAAAGACAAAAUUGUUAAUUAGUUUAAACCACAAGCGAAACUCGUCGGGAUUAGAAGUUGAGACACCAACAGAGGAAAUAUUUAAGCAGCCGAGCAAAGCAAACAAUAAUAAAUUUAAUAUAUAUUGUGUGUGUAUGUGUACUACAAGCCGAGAGAGAAAUUUAAAGAAUUUAAGCCACAAGAAAUUUGAAGCGCAGAUCAACCUGAUCUACGCCCACUUGGUUAGUUAUACGAACACCAACACCCUUGAAAUUGGUCAACGUCGAGCUAUAACUAAAAACGAUAUUAAAUUGGUAACUAUACGGUAUCAAGGUAACGCGCGAAAAUUGCAAGCAAAAUUUAAGAUUCGAAAUGGAAGAGCAUGAGCAUGGAUAUGGAAAUCAACUUGUUAUAAACGUAGUUUUGCUUAUUUUUUAAUAAAAACAAAUAAUUCAAGAAAAACGAAA